CCCAACUCCAUCCAGCCUGCCUCCCCACCCCUCUCCCCCCUCCCCGGUUGCUUCCCCGUCCAACCCCCCGAUCUCCAGUCCCCAACUCACCGCCGUCGCCGCCGCCGCCGCCGCCGCGGCGAUCUUUCUCGGUUCGCAGGCGCUUGCGAUCCAUGGACUCCCGGUCGAUCAACCUUCGGGGCUUCGCCGGAAGCGCAGGAAAAAAUAUCAUGCAGGGGAUUGGGGGAUUCGUUUUCGGCAAUGAGGCGUCCGAGUCCAAGGAAGAUAGCUACGUUGAGAGAUUCCUUGACCGCAUAAGCAACGGCACGAUGCCUGAUGAUAGGAGAUCUGCCAUGACUGAGCUACAGUCUCUCGUGGCGGAGAGCCGUUCGGCUCAGAUGUCUUUUGGAGCUAUGGGCUUCCCUGUCCUUCUCAAUGUUUUGAAAGAAGACCGUGAGGAUGUUGAGCUCGUCAGAGGUGCCCUAGAAACCCUUGUGAGCGCGCUGACUCCUAUUGAGACAUCACAGGGACUGAAAACUGAGGUCCAACCAGCAUCAAUGAACUCUGAUUUGCUUUCUCGAGAAACAGAGAAUAUUUCUCUUCUCUUGAGCUUACUGACAGAGGAGGAUUUCUAUGUGCGAUAUUACACAAUCCAGCUUUUAACAGCGUUACUUACAAACUCGUUGAAAAGAUUACAGGAGGCAAUUCUAUUAAUUCCUCGUGGCAUUACAGUUUUAAUGGACAUGCUUAUGGACCGCGAGGUCAUAAGGAAUGAAGCACUGUUGCUUCUUACUUAUCUGACCAGAGACGCAGAGGAAAUUCAAAAAAUUGUUGUAUUUGAGGGUGCAUUUGAGAAGUUGUUUAGCAUUAUUGGGGAGGAGGGAUUUUCUGAUGGAGGCGUCGUUGUUCAGGAUUGCCUUGAACUUUUAAAUAAUUUAAUACGGAACAAUGCGUCCAAUCAGAUGCUUUUGAAAGAGACAAUGGGCUUUGACCCAUUGAUAUCAAUACUAAAGAUUAGGAGAGGCAGUGCAUUCAAUUUUACCCAACAGAAGACAGUAAAUCUUCUCGGUGCCUUAGAUACCGUCGAACUGCUUUUGAUGGGGGGCCCACCGGGUGAAACAGGUAAAGAUACCAGCAAGAUCACCAAUCAAACUGCACUAGCUCAGAGAAACAUUCUUGACCAUCUUCUAUUAUUGGGCGUUGAAAGUCAGUGGGCCCCUGUAGCUCUUCGCUGUACGGCAUUGCGGUGUAUUGGCAGCUUGGUACUAAGAAAUCCUCAAAAUCUCGAUUCUCUUGCAAGCAAGCAAGUUGGGGAAGAACCUCAUGUUCAGCCUGCACUGAAUGCGAUCUUAACUAUAAUCCUGCGAACCUCCGUAGCACAGGAAUUUGUUGCUGCUGAUUAUGUCUUCAAAUGUUUCUGCGAGACAAAUCCCAAUGGUCAGGCAUUAUUAGCAUCAACUAUUGCUCCACAUCCAAACCAAGGAACUGCUACCCAUGGUGCUUCUAGUGACAUGCCAUUUGGAAGUGCACUUCUGCAAGCUCUGGUGUCAAGUGAUGUUAAUGGAGAUAUGGAGGCAUGUUGCAGAGCAUCUAGUGUUCUUACUCACAUAAUCAAGGACAACUUGCAAUGCAAAGAUCGCGUAUUGCAAAUUCAGCUUGAAACACCUACGCCAUCCUUGGGACGCACCGAGCCUCUCUUGCAUCGGAUUGUUACGUGUUUAUCCUUUGCAGCUUUAGCAGAAGGAGAAAAUGACCAAAGCAGUCAAUCAGAAGGAUCAUAUAUUCAGCCUGUUAUUCUCCGGCUACUCAUCACAUGGCUUGCGGAUUGUGCAAAUGCUGUAAAUUGCCUUUUGGAAUCAGCGGUACACCUAAACUACAUAAUCGAGCUUGCCGCAAAUAAACGUUUCACCGGUUGCGUCCGUGGAUUAGCUGCCGUUGUUUUAGGUGCUUGUGUCCUCAAUAAUGCAAGCCGUGAGAAGGGCCGAGAUGCCUUUGCUGUUGCAGAUGCUAUAAGCCAAAAGAUUGGCCUUACUACAUACUUUUUGAGGUUCGAUGAGCUGCGGAAAAGCUUUCUUCACCUACCAUCAGGGCAGCAGAACCACAAGCAGCUUUCACGGUCAAGUGCAAACAGUAUGUCUGAUUUCCAAGAGAUUGAAGAGGAAACAAAUAAAGGCGAUCAACAUCCAGUCCUUUCUGAAAUUUUUGAUUCACAAUUAGUUAGUUUACUCAGUAAGCUUGAGACUGAUAUUAGAGAAUGUAUAAUGGAUCUCUUCAGUCGAACAAAGACCGCAACUGCAGUUCUACCUGCUGAGUUGGAGCAGAAGAACGGGGAGGUUGAUGGAGAGUAUAUCAAGCGGUUGAAGUCAUUUGUAGAGAGACAGUGCAACGAGAUGCAGGACUUGCUAGGCCGAAAUGCAAUCUUAGCAGAAGAUCUAGUGAGAACUGGUGGUGGCAGCACUUCAGAUUCUUCCGAGAAACCAAGCAGUGGCCGAGAAAGGGUCCAGAUUGAAGCCCUCAGACAAGAACUGGAGGGCGCAGCACGGCGAAUAGAAGUGCUCAAAACUGAAAAAGCUCAGAUCGAAGCCGAAGCUAGCAACCAACGAAAUCUAGUAGUAAAACUUGAAUCUGAUCUUAAGAGCUUGGCAGAUGCUUACAACAGUCUUGAGCAGUCCAACUACCGCCUUGAUGCAGAGGUGAAAACCUUGAGGCAGGGAGGCAGUGCUCCCUACCCAGACGUAGAAGCAAUAAAAGCGCAAGCCAAGGAAGAGGCAGAGAAGGAAAGUGAGGUGGAACUGAACGAUCUACUCGUCUGCUUGGGACAGGAGCAAAGCAAGGUUGAGAAGCUGAGUGCACGGCUGGCAGAGCUCGGUGAGGACGUGGACACCCUGCUGCAAGGUAUCGGCGAUGAUGCUGCCUUGCCAGACGACGAUGAUGAUGAUGAUGACGACGACGACGAUGAAAAGUAACGUGUUUUUGCUUCACUUUCAUCUAUGGUGUAUCCUAGCAUCAUUUAUCCAAUCAUGGUGAUGUGGGCUUGUGAUAACAAUUGUACAGUGGAAUGUUGGUGAUGUGUAGACAAAGGUGGCCAUUUCAUUUCAAAGUUAUUUAUGGAUGCCAAGACUAAACUGCUGAUCCACCUUCUAGUUCAAUUUGGUUAUUUGAUUGAUGUAAAUUAUGUAUCAUUUCAAGUAACUUGGCC